CCCAACUCCAAGUAAACACCACCCGUGUGUCUGUCUGUAAAUCCCGCUGGACCUGUGGCCUCCAUCUGCUCAGCUGAAGCCACGGGGAGAAGACGCCAUGACCCCAACCCUCAUGGCCCUGCUCUGCCUCGGGCUGAGUGUGGGCCUCAGGACCACAGUGCAGGCAGGGCCCCUCCCCAAGCCCACCCUCUGGGCUGAGCCAGGCCCUGUGAUCCACUGGGGGAACCCCGUGACCAUCUGGUGUCAGGGGACCCCAGGGGCAGAGGAGUACCAUCUGGAGAAAGAGGGAAGCCCAGCACCAGGGAAACUACAGAAGCCACAGGAGCCCGGGGACAAGGUGAUGUUCUCCAUCCCACACGUGACAGAGCGUGAUGCAGGGAGACAUCACUGUUUCUAUCGCAGCCCUGCUGGCCGGUCAGAGCGCAGUGACCCCCUGAAGCUGGUGGUGACAGGAUCCUACAGCAAACCCAGCCUCUCAGCCCUGCCCGGCCCUGUCGUGACCUCAGGAGGGAACGUGACCUUCCAGUGUGGCUCAGGGCAGGGAUUUGACAGGUUCAUUCUGACUAAGAAAGGAGAUCACAGGCUCUCCUGGACCCUGGACUCACAGCCACAGCCCAGUGGGCAGUCCCAGGCCCUGUUCCCUGUGGGCCCCGUGACCCCCAUUCACAGGUGGAUGUUCAGAUGCUAUGGCUGUUACAGAAACAGCCCCCAGGUGUGCUCACACCCCAGUGACACCCUGGAGCUCCUGGUCCCAGGUGAGGCUGAGAAGCCCUCCCUCCUGAGCCAGCAGGGCCCCAUCGUGGCCUCUGGAGACGUCCCCAAACCCUCCAUCUGGGCUGACCCGGGCCCCAUUGUCACCAACGGGAGCUCUGUGACCAUCUGGUGUCAGGGGUCUCUGCAGGCUAGUGCCUACGUUCUGUAUAAAGAGAGGGGCUCUGAGCCUUUGGAUACGAGGAUCCCACAGAACUCCAGCAACAAGGCGGGUUUCCUCAUUGGAGCCACGACCCCAUCCCACGCAGGCCUGUACGAGUGUGCAUAUUACAGCUCUGGGGACAUACUCUCAGAGCUGAGUGACCCUCUACUCCUGGUGGUGACAGGAUUAUGCUAUGGUUCUUCCAGCUCCUACCCCGAUGUGUGGUCACAGCCCAGUGCCCCUCUGCACAUCGAGAUCACAGUCUGUGAACACUUUGUCCACAAUUCCUACUUCCCACCCCAAGACUACACAGUGGAGAAUCUCAUCCGGAUGGGCGUGGCUGGCUUGGUCCUGGUGGUGCUCGGGGUGCUGCUAUUUCAGGCUCGAAACGACACCAGAAGGACCCACGAUGCAGCCAGGAUGUGA